AUGAAGGGGAUUGGUUGGACGUUGAUGUUCUUUCUCCUACUGGCGUCAUUUUCAAAAAAAGUGAUAUCCGAGGAACGAUCAGAUUUUUAUCAUGCGAUUGGCAAAGUCGAAGAAGGAAGAAGCAACGGAUUAACGGCAGUUUCCAAGAAACCUUUGAUCGAUCAGUUUUUCGACGAGAUAUUCGAUGGAAACGUGACCGAAGGAAAAGGGGUCGAAAGUACAGGCCGUACUUUCGGCGUCAAGAGGAUACAAUUUAUGUUGAUGCCGAUCAUGUACAAAAUGGGAGCAAUGAUGACUCUCUUGACGGUGCUCACUGUGAUUUCUCUGAAGGGUCUUUUAAUCGGAAUUAUUCUAUUGGUACUGAAGUUGAGUAGCUUCCUUGCCAAGUUCUAUUCUGUUUGGAAUCAACAACACGUACCGCAUUCCUGGUCGCCUCAACCGAUCCACGUACACGUUCACAAUGAUCUUCCUUAUGCUCACAGACAAGCUUAUCAUGGUUGGGAAACCAUGAGCGGACCAGGAAACGAUGAACAUUAUUAUUACAGGAAAUAAAAUAUGGAAUGCACUGGAUUCGAUUAUUUCUUUCUAUCGAUCGUAUCAAAUGAAAAUACGACGAUAAGAAAUGGAAUAAUAUCGAUAAACUGUGAUUCAUUUAGUGCCUUUCGUAGUGCCUCAGACUUUGUGAUCGAUUACUUGUUAAUUUAUAAAUUAUCUAGUUUCUUGCUUACCGUAAAUACUGCUAUACGUUUCAUCCGUAUUCGCUGAUUGAUUUUAGUUGAGGAAAGAAUAAUUUGAAGAAUGAUUUACUUACCUUUUAUAUAAUCUUCGGAGACUUCAUAGGAGAUCAUUUAUGAAGUUAACUAUAUUAUUUUUUUUAGUUAAAAGUAUUCUUAGCGAAUAGUUAUUGUAUAACUAAGUUUUAUAAUUUGUUAGUUGUCCUAAUACAGAAAGAGAGAGAGAGAGAGAGAGAGAGA